GCUUAUGACUCCCGCUUACUGUCUGUCACUCACUUCUCAAUUUAAACAACACCAAGAGGUUGUCAUGGAAAGCUAUUGAAGAGGCACUAGGUCUGUUGAGUCAGUAAAAUAAGUACAUCGUAGAUACCAUGGAUAACUCGACCGAAGCUCAGCCAAAUUUCGCAGCACCGGUCAUUCCAGGGGAGCUCAAUGAUAUUAUCAUAGACUAUUGUCGUGAUGAUACGCCUUCAUUGAUUACCUGUAGUCUUGUUUGCAGGUCGUGGUUGUUUCGAUCCAGGCAUCAGCUCUUCAACAAGUCACAAAUCCAGAAUCGUUUCAUCGAUGCGAACGGUGCAGCAACCUUUACGGACAUCCUCAGAUCUCCUCAUUGCACCAUCAUCCCGCACAUAAUCUCCCUACAGCUCAGAGGCCAGUCCACCUCCGAACCUUGCCCCACCUGGAUAGAGGAGUUGUGGAAGACCUGCAACUCCCUCCCUAGUCUGAAGCUCCAGUCUUUCUCCCUCGAGGACGUUUCUAUCGACUUACUUCCUAAACUCAUCCCAAUAAACUCGAAAACUUCCUUAACAUCCCUUUCUCUCCAUUGCUGUGAUGGGAUUGGCCGCACAUCAUCUACUAACAUCGUUCUUCGCAUGUGCGAAUUUUUGAACAAUUUUGAAGCCUUAGAGGAACUCACGCUGGAAUACUAUUCAGCCGGUCGCGUCAUUUCUUUCCUCCCUCCAUCCCCAAACAUUAUUGGCUCUAGAUUACGCUUACCAAAUGUCCGUCGUAUUGCUUUGGACUCUGCGUUCAAAGUUUUUCUACCCUUGUUCUCCAAACCCGGUUUCAUUGAUGCUCCCUCUCUGACACAAAUCCACCUACGACUACCAAUGUCUAUCGAGGAUAGGCUUCUCCAAAGUUUCUUCGACAUUGUAUGCGCUCCUUCCGUCCAAGUACUGGAGAUUUCCAUCAGAUACAGGUUCACAACGUUGGAAAUAUUCUUUCCUACUAUCAAUCUUGUCAAGCUCAAACAUCUUCGAUCUAUUAUGUUCGAGAUCGGAGAAGUGACUGUUUUUCAGGACAAUCGGCAUUUGAGGAACGCGGUCAUCGUGGAUGGUGUCUCUGUUAUUCUAUCACGAUUGCGUGGUGUAGAUCGGAGUGUGACUCAGAUAUCUUUUGGAACACAAUUUCCAUUCGCGCCGCCUGAGGGUUUGCCUCAAGAUAUAGAGUGGCUGGAUCUUGAUGGAUUGAGGGAAGGUUUGAACGAUCGGAGAUUCAGUGAUACAUCAGUUUCACUACAGACUGUAUGAAAAAAUUGUCGAG